AUGGUUCGAGAUUGUCCAUUAGGGUUUCGUUUUAGGCCAACAGAGGAAGAAUUAAUAACCCUCCUCUGGUUCAAGGCUACAAACCAGCAGCAGCAUAUCACGGAUGCUGUCCCCAAGAAGAAACUUUACGGUGUUGAUGCCUUGCCCUGGAAUAUUUUUGCCGAAGAUGAUGUUCGCUGGGAAUUGUCUGAUGACAGUGGAAAGAAGCGUACGAAAAGGGUGACAUAUGCGGUUACUAAGCUAUCCAAGAUAAGUCCUAACAAGGUUGCAAGAACUGCUGGAAGCGGGAUGUGGGAGGGCCAAUCUAAGGGCAAAGAUGUUCUUAACUCUAGAGGAGAGACCAUCGGUUCGAUUAAGAUGUUGAGCUAUGUCCUGAAUUCUGGUUCUCCUUGA